ACAGAGGAGGGAUUGUUUGUGGGGCCGCACGAGGCAGCAACAAACUCAAGGAGCGACACUGCAGUAAACACGCCUUGCCCUGUGAGCGCUGGGGAGUUUCAGGAGAGCAGCCGGAUGCACCCCGCACAGCUGGAAGCUAGCCCGGCCCACAGAGUUCUGGACCAAAGGCUGGUCGCCUUCUAGAGAAUACUAAUGCUCACCCUUUGACUUUUGGUCGAGAGAGUCGUGCUGAGCUGGCCGCCGCCUGCCUCAUUGGCCUUUGCAACAGCGCAGGGAAAAGCAUCGGGGCUCCUCCUGCCUGGGGAAGAAUGCCGACGGUGGAUGACAUCCUAGAGCACAUAGGGGAGUUCAACUUUUUCCAGAAACAAACAUUUUUCUUCCUAGCGCUGCUGUCUGCCGCGUUCACCCCCAUCUACGUGGGCAUCGUCUUCCUGGGCUUCAUCCCGGACCACCGCUGCCGGAGCCCCGGCGUGGCUGAGCUGAGCCGGCGAUGCGGCUGGAGCCUGGAGGAGGAGCUGAACUACACGGUGCCGGGCCUGGGGCUGGUGGGCCAGGCCUUCCCCCAGCAGUGCCUCCGCUACGAGGUGGACUGGAACCAGAGCACCCUCGGCUGCGUGGACCCGCUGGCCGGCCUGGCCGCCAACCGGAGCCACCUGCCGCUGGGCCCCUGUCAGCACGGCUGGGUGUAUGACACGCCCGGCUCCUCCAUCGUGACCGAGUUUAACCUAGUGUGCGGCAACUCCUGGAUGCUGGACCUGUUUCAGUCAGCUGUGAAUGUGGGAUUUUUUGUCGGUUCUAUGUGUAUCGGCUACAUAGCAGACAGGUUUGGCCGUAAGCUCUGUCUCUUGAUUACAAUCCUCAUAAACGCGGCGUCUGGAGUGCUCAUGGCCGUUUCCCCGACCUACACGUGGAUGCUAAUUUUUCGCUUGAUCCAAGGACUGGUCAGCAAGGCAGGCUGGUUAAUAGGCUACAUCCUGAUUACAGAGUUUGUCGGGCUGAGCUAUCGGAGAACAGUGGGGAUUUUUUACCAAGUGGCCUUCACCAUUGGGCUCCUGGUACUUGCUGGGGUGGCGUACGGGCUUCCGCACUGGAGGUGGCUUCAGCUGACGGUGACUCUGCCCAACUUCUGCCUCUUGCUGUAUUACUGGUGUGUACCUGAGUCUCCGAGGUGGCUGAUCUCCCAGAAGAAAAGUGCUAAAGCCAUGAGAAUCAUUAAGCACAUUGCAAAGAAAAAUGGAAAAUCCCUGCCUGCCUCGCUCCAGAGCCUCCGACCCGAUGAGGAAGUUGGCGAGAAGUUGAACCCUUCAUUUCUUGACUUGGUCAGAACCCCUCAGAUAAGGAAACACACUUUGAUCUUGAUGUAUAACUGGUGAGGAAUACUUUUCACUUUAAAAUCGCUCCAAAUUCUUUUCACUCCAAUUAUCGACAUAAAGGGAGGAACCAAUAUCUACCUGGAUUUCUUCUACUCUGCCCUGGUUGAGUUCCCAGCCGCCUUCAUCAUCAUCCUCACCAUUGACCGCAUAGGUCGCCGGUAUCCGUGGGCUGCAGCAAAUAUGGUGGCAGGGGCAGCCUGUCUAGCCUCGGUUUUUAUCCCUGAGGAUCUACCAUGGCUGAGAGUUACAGCCGCGUGCUUGGGGCGGAUGGGAAUUACAAUGGCCUAUGAGAUGGUUUGCCUGGUCAACGCCGAGCUGUACCCCACGUUCAUCAGGAACCUUGGGGUCCUCGUCUGCUCCUCCAUGUGUGACAUCGGUGGCAUCAUCACACCUUUCCUGGUGUACCGGCUCACUGACAUCUGGCAUGAGCUCCCGCUGGUGGUUUUUGCGGUGGUUGGCUUGGUUGCCGGAGGGCUGGUGCUGUUGCUUCCAGAGACCAAAGGGAAGGCUUUGCCAGAGACCAUUGAAGAAGCUGAAAACAUGCAGAGAUCAAGAAAAAACAAAGAAAAGAUUAUUUACCUCCAAGUCAAGAAACUAGACACCCCACUAAAUUAAGAAGAGAGAGCUACUCUGGCCUGCUUUGAUAAAACAAGCCCAGAAUCAGAGGUUCCUACGCUCAUCAUAAAACCCAUUCAAUUCAACCUGACUUCUUUUGAACACUAUUAAGCUUGAUCAAUAACCAAAUGGAGUUUGUUGUACUGCUGUAUAAAAAUCUGCAUAUGGGACCAGGUCCUGCAGUCUUCUCUUCCUUGAACACUUUUCAUGACCUCAUCUUAUGUAGGUGCCUUAAGAGGGGAUGCCAGUACUCCUCAAGACCAAUCAUUGCCCCCAGAUGUGUGCAGAGUAGAUUCUAGAAUGUCUCAAGGGAAGAAUUCAGAAGUCUAUCUAGGAAAGAGAGAGCUUACACAUGAAAAGAAUUUCAAGAUUUUGUAAGUUAUAUCGGCAGAAAUCCAGGGAAUAGUUUGGGAAUGAAUUAUGAUCCUAAGCUCAGGAGGCUGAAACAUAAUAAUGGAUCAGGUCACAUUCAUUGGUAUGUGUAUUCUGAGCCAAGAUUCUAGAUUUAAGGUGCUGCCUGGAGCAUCUAGCAUUGGCUCCAGUAGUUAGCAGAUCAACAACAUUAGAAAAGAUAUAAGAGAGGGUGGGAUAUAGCUCAAGUGGUAGAAUGCAUGCUUGGUAUGCACAAGGUCCUGGGUUCAAUCCCCAGUACAUCCUCUAAAAACAAAUAACAAACCUGAUUACCUCCCCCACAAAAACAAAAACAAAAAAACAUAUUCCUAGGAUUUAUACUUUGGAAUCUUAAGGCAUGGACACCAUCAAUAUUACUGGAUGAAUCAAAAAAAAAAAGAUAUAAGGGAGUGUUUCCAUGAUUUGAAAUAAGGAGAACUUUUUAGGCAA